AGAACUCAGGUGUCCGCUCCCCAGCUGGCAGUUCCCUCUCCUAGAAUGAAGGAUAACAGUCAGUAAACAACUAAAGAUCCUUAAGGAAAUGAGAUUGCCUGAUAGUGGGAUGGAAACAGGGGGAAAAGUGGAGUCAGACUAUCCAGGACCAGCCUCUCAUUCCUGGAUUUUUGAAGGAAAAGGAACUAAGUGAACCAGUUGCCAGGACAACCUGCUGUUGGGGAGCGGGGGUGAAGAAAGAAAUGGCUGACCUGUGGUUAUUCCUGCUCCUGCCCCUCUCAGCCUUCCAUGGAGUCAAAGGCUGUUUAGAAUGUGACCCCAAAUUUAUAGAGGAUGUUGGCUCCUUGCUGGAAAAUCUGAUACCUUCAGAAGUCCCUGGCCGAACUCAGCUGCUUGAACGGCAGAUUAAGGAGAUGAUUCAUUUAAGCUUCAAGGUCUCCCACAGUGACAAGAGGCUUCGGGUGUUGGCUGUUCAGCAGGUUGUUAAGUUGAGAACAUGGUUGAAGAACGAAUUUUAUAAACUGGGCAAUGAAACAUGGAAAGGUGUCUUUAUCUAUCAAGGCAAGCUUCUCGAGGUCUGCCAAAACCUGGAAUCCAAACUGAAAGAAUUACUAAAGAACUUCUCUGAAGUUGCUUGUUCUGAAGAUUGCAUUGUGGUUGAAGGUCCCAUUCUUGAUUGUUGGACGUGUCUUCGCAUGACUAACAGGUGCUUCAAAGGAGAAUAUUGUGGAGACGAGGAUCCAAGAAAGGCUGAGAAUCGAGAGAUUGCUCUAUUUCUCAUAUUGCUGGCAACAGCUGUCAUACUGGGAAGUGCUGUGUUACUAUUCCAUUUUUGCAUCUUUCAUCGGAGGAAAAUGAAGGCAAUACGAAGGUCACUAAAGGAAUAUGUGGAGAAGAAACUUGAAGAAUUAAUGGGGAAGAUAGAUGAGAAGGAGGAGAAAGACUUUAGACUCAGAAAAUAAACACAUCAACAUGGACAAGAA